GAUUAGUCCCACAUAAACUCGUCGUGCCAGGGGCGGGUUAUGCGUCACGCAUUUUUCCAACAUGAAAAAAUAACAAAAAAAAGGCACAGACAUAUUUUUGGUUUAGGCGGGACAUAAUAAACUUGUUUGUCAGCCUUUUAACAUGUAAAAGAUAAAUGACUUGUUACCAUAGUACCAUUAAGGAAACGCUACACCAAGAUGCUGACUCCAGCUUUUGGGAAUGGGGUAUUCAGGGAGUACAUGGAUUUCUACAACAGCCAAGCCAGGAGUUUGGUCAAGCAAUGGGCGCCAUUGUCCGGGAAAGGAGAAUUCAAUCCAAAGCCCCACCUGAGACGUGCCGCCCUACAAACAAUUAUUCGUACUACAUUAGGGCUGCAAAUAAAAGAAGGCUUGACGAGCCAAAUGCAACUCUAUUUGAAGUCGAUAGAUGAAAUUGUAAAUGUUAUCACAAAACGAAUUCAGACCAUAUGGAUGCAUAAUGAUUUCCUUUACAAUAGGUCUUCGUUGAAAAGGAAAGAAGAAAACUGCUUGAAAAUCAUUAACGCUUAUUCUAAACGGGUAAUAAAAAAUAAGAGAGAAGCUGAAAAAAAUGCACAACCGCAACAAAAUCAUAAAGGAAGAACUCAAGGUUUCUUGGAUUUAGCACUGCAACUGACGAAGGACGAUUUGAUGUCCGAUCAACUUCUUCUGGAACACAUAAACAGUUUGACGUUCGCUGGCUAUCAUACAGUCUCGGCAUCUUUACAUUUCAUAUUGCUAAUAAUAGGUUCAUAUACAGAAGUGCAGAAUCGAAUUUACGAUGAAUUACACGACGUGUUAAGAGGAACAGCAGAGGAAGAUAUUACAGUUGUACAGCUAUCAAAAUUGGUGUAUAUCGAUGCUGUUAUAAAUGAGGCAGCGAGGCUGUAUCCUGUAGCCCCAGUUGUAUUAAGAUAUAUAGAAAAAGAUGUACAGUUACAGAAUUACACCAUGAAGGCCGGCUGCGAUUGUGUCGUGAUGCUGCAUGAACUAAACCGCUCCCGUAUAUGGGGUCCUGACAAAGACCAGUUCCGACCUGAACGAUGGUUAGAGCCGGGCCUGUUAGCGAACGCCAAAGAUUAUACCGGGUUCGGAACCGGUCGGAGAGCAUGUUUAGGUAGAUCAUACGCAAUGCUGUCUUUGAAGACAACACUGGCCCAUUUGAUACGCCGUUACAAAGUCACCGCUGAUCAUACCAAAAUGAAAAUUACACUCGAAAUCAAUUUGGAACCCGUAGAAGGCCAUGGAAUUAGCAUCGAAUCAAGAUAACUGGAGAAAAUCUAAACAUACGUAUUAACCUGGGGAUGAAAUAUGAAUUCAAGUUAAAGGGAAACUUAUUUUUCAAAUAUGUUAAGACUCAAUAUCGAAAUAGGUAGGUUCACCAAGAACUAGGAUAAUUUACUUAAAAAUAUUAAAUUCACCAACUCUCUAAAAUUGGCAUGCCAACAUCUAAACCCCGCCUCCUUUACGUAGACGUACUAAACGUAAUAGCUAAAUUUUAACUCAUAAUGAAACCAAGUUCUAUGUAGUGGCACUUGACUUGACAGGAGGACGCUGCUGGUGAAAAAGUGGUGCAAUGAUAAUCACUAAGUUCGUACAAUCACUAAAGGAACGUUAUAAUUUAUAAUAACUUCGAAAGAGUAAUAGAAACUUUAAAAGACUUGUUAACACCUUUCCCUAACUUAAGAAAUUCCUUAAUACCUUUUUAAAAUUUAUUAUGUUUAUAGAGUGCAACCAAGAUUGGGAAUUAUCCCAUUUCGGC